ACAGCUUCGGUUCAUAAACCUCUAUUCUAUUUUACUAUUUUAUAUUCUACUGCAAUUUGCAUUUGGAGAUUAUCCGGGGAGACAGUGUAAAUUAAGACCAUUGCAUAAUAGAGAUGUAAUAAUUCAUCUGGGGGCAGACCGGCCAGCCCCCACCUCCUUUCUUCUACGUCACGGCUUCCGGUGCAGCCUCUACGCGUCGUUGUUGUGGCGACGGAGUUGCGGAUCGUCUCCAAAGGCAUUCAACGCUCCUACACUUCUGUUUGGGAAAAACAGUGUCGACCAGAGAGAAAAGUUUCCACGACAGGCAGCAGCAGCUUGUCUGAUAUGGGAAUAGUGAUACAAACUCAUCUGACAUGCAGCAGGGAUUCAGAUUGCUUCCCCUUUCGAGGUUUCUUACGUUAAAAACUGAAAGAACUCAACACUCUCUAGAUUACACUAUGACAUAUAUGAACUAAUUUUAAUGGCGACCUCAGAGGAAGUGGACCUCAAAGCUGUGAACGGAUCAGGCAAGUUUCCAGCACAGGAGGACGUGGCUGAGGAGCUUCCAGAUAGGAAGCAUGUUGAUGCCCUUCUAGAUUUAAGUGAGGAGGACUUCUUGAAAGAACUGGAGCCGUAUGAGUAUCGUUGUUACUCUGGUUGGGAAGAAGCUGUCCAUGGUUGGGCCAGAGUUGCACCACUGAGCUGCAUACUUUUGUCUCAGAAGAGCAGCAGGAAACUAAAGCAUAAGGAGGUGGACAACCCAGUACCCUUGUCGGUCCCUAAUGCAGACAGCUCGGCCAGCAUUGCAGAGCACUGCUGGGACUCUCACACAGCCCUGCAUAAUGGCUUUAAGAAACAAACAUUAAACCAGCAUGCGGGAUCCUGUAGUAACACUCCUCUAUCAGUUCUGCGGAAAGAUGCCUCAGAAUGGCCUCUCCUCAUUGCAAUGCGCAAAACCACACCAAAUCUCGUACUGGUAGAAAAGAUAGAGGAGGGAGGGGCGCUCAGACAGACUCCUUUGCAGAACAGAGCCAUUAAGCCUCAGAAACACAGCCACAGGCCCAGUAACACAGUGGUACCCAUUAAAAACUUCACAUUUUUACCUCCAAUUGAGUCACCACAAAUGAAUCCUCAAAGAAUCAGUGGCCAGCUCUGCAAUGGCAAGAAGGCUCCAGAAGGAGAGACCACAGAGGAAAACUGUGUCACGUUUAAUAAGAAAAGCGGGACGAGAGGGACGAAAAUGGACCCUGUUGUUAACCCAGAGCCUCCUAUGCACUCUGCAGGCCUGACCCGUGGACUCCGGACAUGUCAGCACAACCCCCUCCUGUUCUCUGCUGUAAGAGUCUCUAUCACCAAGAGGUGUCAAGUGCCUGUAUCUUCCAAAUGUGACACAGCGACCAGCACUGGCUUCUCAGUGGAUAAGAGCCUGACGCAGGCUCUCCAUCCUGUCACUGCAGCAGGUGCAGAAGCUCAUAUGCACCCCAGCAAGACUGUGUGUGCCGUCAAGCUGUAUGAGGGCUGUGAAAUAAAUGUCUAACAUGAUUGAUGAUGACGUACGCAAUACUUUUAAACCAUGUCUGAAUCACGUAAAAACUUAUUUCCUGUCAUGCAAUGUUUCCGUCACAGUGGUUAGUUGGAAGACUGAGUUUAAUAUAAGAGACGUGUUCAUGAAAGUAGCUCAUUGGUUCAGUCAGUUGAGUCUGGCAUGACGUUUCAGACCAUGCUAACCACAACAAUAACAGUAAAGUGAAAAGAGCAUGUUUUUUGGGUCUUUGUGGCACUCUGUCCAGUUUCCACACAUGCUUUUUCAGCAGUUAUACCUCCUGCGUAACAGUGCAACUACCUCAUACUCAAUACUAUUAAAACUUAAGCCACAAGCUAUGGCUCUGCCUCUGACUGUGAAUGAUAUAAACUGUUGCCAAACUACUACAAACAUGUCUUGUUUUAUAUCAGUUAGUAGAUGAAUCCUAGUGAUUGUGGAUGGGGGCUGGGUUAUAUAGGUC